GCCCCUGCUCUUGGCGGUGCCCUCGGUGCCCCCCUCCCCCCCAGUGCUCUCCCCGCAGUGCUCCCGCGGGGGGCAUCGAGCUGCCAGUCCCGGCUGGUCCCUCCGGCCGCCAUGGGGAAGGGUCUGCCCAGGACGGCUGCCCGCUGCGGGCUGGGACUGGGAUACGUUCUGCAGAUGGCCGUGCUACCUGCCCUCGCCCUGCUCGGGGUGGGCAGCCCCGGUUCCGCCGCUCCAGAUGAUGACUUUUUCCACGAGCUGCCGGAGACCUUCCCUUCUGACCCGCCGGAGCCUCUGCCUCAUUUCCUCAUUGAGCCGGAGGAGGCUUAUAUCGUGAAGAACAAGCCAGUGAACCUCUACUGCAAGGCCAGCCCUGCCACACAGAUCUACUUCAAGUGCAACAGCGAGUGGGUUCAUCAGAAGGACCACGUAGUGGACGAGAGAGUCGAUGAAAAUUCUGGUCUCAUCGUCCGGGAGGUGAGCAUUGAGAUUUCCCGCCAGCAGGUGGAGGAACUGUUCGGACCCGAAGACUACUGGUGCCAGUGUGUGGCCUGGAGCUCUGCGGGGACCACCAAGAGCCGCAAAGCAUACGUCCGCAUCGCCUACCUCCGGAAGACGUUUGAGCAGGAGCCCCUGGGAAAGGAAGUGUCCUUGGAACAGGAAGUCCUGCUUCAGUGCCGCCCGCCUGAGGGUAUCCCAGGAGCGGAGGUGGAGUGGCUGAAAAACGAAGAGAUCAUCGAUCCCGUCGAAGACCGGAAUUUUUAUAUCACCAUCGAUCACAACCUGAUCAUCAAGCAGGCUCGCCUCUCAGACACAGCAAACUACACGUGUGUGGCCAAAAACAUUGUAGCGAAGCGGAAAAGCACGACUGCUACUGUUAUCGUCUAUGUGAACGGCGGCUGGUCCACCUGGACGGAAUGGUCUGUGUGCACAAGUCGCUGCGGGAGGGGCUAUCAGAAGCGGACCAGGACCUGCACCAACCCGGCGCCCCUCAACGGAGGCUCCUUCUGCGAGGGCCAGAGUGUCCAGAAGAUCGCCUGCACCACCCUGUGUCCAGUGGAUGGCCGGUGGACAGCGUGGAGCAAGUGGUCAGCCUGCGGAACCGAGUGCACGCACUGGCGCAGGAGGGAGUGCACCGCCCCCGCCCCCAAGAACGGCGGCAAGGACUGCGACGGCAUCAUCCUGCAAUCCAAGAACUGUACCGACGGGCUGUGCAUGCAGGGUUUAAAUUAUCCCAUUUCAACCGAACAGCGAACCCAGAAUGAAUAUGGAUUCUCUUCGGCUCCCGAUUCAGACGAUGUGGCCCUCUACGUGGGGAUAGUCAUAGCGGUGAUUGUGUGCCUGGCCAUCUCAGCCGUUGUGGCCCUCUUUGUGUACCGGAAGAACCACCGGGACUUCGAGUCUGACAUCAUCGACUCAUCGGCUCUCAACGGGGGAUUCCAGCCAGUCAAUAUCAAGGCCGCACGGCAAGAUCUCCUGGCUGUGCCUCCCGAUCUCACCUCCGCAGCCGCCCUGUAUCGCGGCCCCGUCUACGCCCUGCACGACGUCUCUGACAAAAUCCCGAUGACCAACUCGCCCAUCCUGGACCCCCUGCCCAACCUGAAAAUCAAAGUCUUUAACACCUCGGGCUCUGUCACCCCUCAGGAUGAGCUGGCCGACUUCACAGCCAAGCUGUCUCCUCAGAUGACCCAAUCUUUGCUGGACGAGACCCUCAACAUGAAGAACCAGAGCCUCGCCCGCCAGACGGACCCCUCCUGCACCGCCUUUGGCUCCUUUAACUCCCUCGGGGGCCAUCUUGUCAUCCCCAACUCAGGAGUGAGCUUGUUGAUCCCCGCUGGGGCGAUACCACAAGGAAGAGUCUACGAGAUGUACGUCACCGUCCACCGGAAGGAGAACAUGAGGCCUCCCGUGGAAGACAACCAAACACUUUUGACUCCGGUGGUGAGCUGCGGUCCUCCGGGUGCCCUGCUGACCCGGCCAGUCAUUCUGACUAUGCACCACUGUGCAGAGCCCAACCCCGAUGACUGGAAGAUCCAGCUCAAGAAGCAGACACCACAAGGGCCAUGGGAGGACGUGGUGGUGGUGGGCGAGGAAAACUUCACCACGCCGUGCUAUGUCCAGCUGGAUGCGGAGGGCUGCCACAUCCUCACCGAGACGCUGGGCACCUACGCUCUGCUGGGACAGGCCACCACCAAGGCGGCCGCCAAGAGGCUCACGCUGGCCCUCUUCGGGCCGCUCGUCUGUUCGGCCCUCGACUACAGCAUCCGCGUCUACUGCCUGGAUGACACUCGGGACGCCUUGAAGGAGGUUCUGCAGCUGGAGAGACAGACGGGGGGCCAACUGCUGGAAGACCCCAAGACCCUUCACUUCAAAGGCAGCCCCCACAACCUGCGCCUGUCUGUGCAUGACAUCACUCACUCCUUAUGGAAGAGCAAACUGCUGGCCAAAUUCCAGGAAAUCCCAUUUUACCACAUCUGGAGCGGCUGCCAGAGGAACCUGCACUGUACCUUCACCUUGGAGCGGUUCAGCCUGAGUACGGUGGAGCUGGUGUGCAAACUGUGUGUGCGGCAGGUCGAGGGGGAAGGGCAGAUCUUUCAGCUCAACUGCACCGUGUCAGAGGAACCCGUGGGCAUGGACUUCCCCCUUCUGGAUUCGGCGAGUACCGUGACGACCAUCACCGGGCCCAGCACUUUCAGCAUCCCCCUGCCCAUCCGGCAGAAACUGUGCAGCAGUCUGGAUGCCCCCCAGACCCGAGGCCACGACUGGAGGAUGCUGGCCCACAAGCUGAAACUGGAUAGGUACCUGAAUUAUUUUGCGACGAAACCGAGCCCUACCGGGGUGAUCCUAGAUCUGUGGGAAGCACAGAACUUCCCAGACGGGAACCUGAGCACGCUGGCGGCCGUGCUGGAGGAGAUGGGGCGGCCUGAGACCGUGGCGUCCUUGGCCGCGGAAGGGCAGUACUGAGGCCGCCCGGGAGGAGGGGACCCGGGGGUGUGGGAAGCGAGACCCUGCCUCCUCCCUGCCCCACCCUGUGGGAGAGAGCCAGACUACGAGCCAAUCGAGGAACUUCACAGAGCGCCGUUUCGACGAGAGAGACGGUCCUCGGAUCCCCGCGACCACAGGACUUCAGAGAAACCAUGCGAAAUUGAACCUCGAAUGGAAAAAUCAACCUACUUGCCUCUCAGCUGGGCUGUUCGCUGCUUGGUACAGGAUUUUACAGUUUCCUAGGAAACGCUUUUUAUUGCUAUCCAGCUCUAUGGAUGAACUUUCUUAACAAACCCAGUUUUUAUGAACGUUGUUUACAUCGAAUACUGGACGGGGGUGAGGAUGCGGUCUGGGCCUCCUUCUAUAUUAUUUUUUCAAGCAGCCCGGAACCAGCGUUUGUGGGGUGAGAGGGUGGUGGUUGGUGCUUCUAUCUCCAACCCUUCUGCUGCGAAUCCUGCCCGGUGAGCUGCUCGGAUCGUCGACCUCCACCAUUCGAUGUUGGCGACCUUGGUGCGCAGGGCUGGAAUGGAUAUGUAUGGUGAGUGGAGCGGCCGAAAGCAAGCAGGAAGGCUGUCCGCCCCGCAACCCCCUCCCACCAGCUGCAGCCCAUGCUGGUCUCUCCGGGGAACCAUGAUUCCAGGGGUGGAGGGGAGUAGUUGGUUUUCAACCAAAAGUCACUCUGUGCCCCAUAUAUGCACACCUGAGAGGUGGAAGGGAGUUGGGAAGAUAUGUCCUGAUUAUAAUUACAGUUAGUAAUGAUUAGAAUUUGCCAGCAUUUGGGUGUGUUUUAGCGAGGUCGGCCAUGAUGCUUGAUAGUUGGGUGCUUACUGGAACCCAGCCUCACACUUCUCAGGAGGCCGAGGGAGGAGACAGAUGGGCCCUUUAACAAAUUUGCAUUCUCUUCAGCUAUUCUCCCCCACUGGGGGGGCAGGGCCUCUGUUGCCUUUCCUCACAUACCCCAUUCCCUGGCAAUCUGGCCAAGAAAAGGCUUUUGUCUUUGAGAAGAGACCUCCAACCUCCAUCUCUCUCCUGCCACGGCGAGAUAGCUAUUUUGAAAGCCACCAAUACCAGACAAAGGUAUUUAUUGAGCACGCACUCUGCUCAAUAAAACACUUGCGAGAGGACAGUAAAAUUCCUGCUGCCAAGGGGCUUCCAGCCUAGCAGGGGUGAUUGUAAAGGUUCUCCCCUUUUGGACCAGCAAUUACCCGAAUGUGGACCACUAACACAGACUUUGCUGCAUCAACCAAUAGGCUCCCGGCCCACCCAUGGCAAUGGUACCAGGAAGCAUGGAGGGGCUGUGGGAGGAUCCAUCCUCUUGGCCCCCUCUCAUGGAUAGGGAUGAACCGUCCACCCUCUCUAACUUCCCCUCUAGUCCACCCACCUCUAACCUCUUUUCCAUGAAUUUAUCCAAAUCCUCUUGAACCUUCUGCUGUUUUCAGCCUGUACAUCUUUCUGGGGUGAUGAGAUUCUCUGUGAGUCCCAUUAGCUAGGUGGAGUGUGGUGUACUUUCCUCCUUCGACUCGUGCCCCUUUGAUGGUGAGGGAGUUGGUGAGCCGCCUUUCAGUGUUUGCCUGUCAUGAUUCCGUCCACUUCAAUCACACCCCCUCUCAGCCCGUGUCAUUCCAGACAGAUGUCAUCUAGCAUCACUGCUUCAUCUCUCUGACCAGUCUAGUCUCUCUUCUGUACUUUUUCCAACUCAAUUAUGUCUUCCCUAAGAGGUGGUGAUCAGAACUCCUUUGUAGGGGUUCUAAAGAGUGACAGAAUGGCUGGUCCUUUUUGUUUGUUUUCCUAGGCCCUCCCUCCUGAGAGCAGGGAUUUGGUUAGCUAAGCCCAGCAUCUGGCUGAGAUGCAGCCCAAAUCCUUCUCUGCUCCCAGUCCUAUACCAGACAACGCUGUCAGCCUGGGUCCGAGACAUGGUCGGUGACUGAAGGAAAUGUGAUGAACAUGGUGAAGUUUCUCCAUUCCCUUGUUCUGAUAUCAUGCUACAUGUAGAACUGAGCACCCAAAUCAGCAUUGUUUUUAUAGUAACCUUUAACCUUGUUUUGAGGGGGACACCAGUCUUUUCAGACUGAUUGUGUGCGUGUGUCUGGCAGGACAGUCUAUCUUUGCUAAAGAUCCCUGCGUUUGGGGCCUGAAAAAAAAAUCAGCGCGAAUGGCAAUCUGUUCCAUACUGAGUGCAUGUAAAGAUCGCCCUCGGCUGUGCUGAUGCAGUCAGUCAUCUGCCUCGUGAGCCUCCUGAAUCCACGGCUCAAGCCUCCCAAGUCUUGUCUGCUGUCGCGCCAUCCAUCUUGUCAGCUGAGGCUAUGGAGGUCUCUCUCCUUGAAACACUUUUCCUGCCCUGCAUGCUUCUCUGCACCCCAAACAGUUUAGACAGUAGCGGCUCGGGUCUCUUGCUGACCUCUCUUCCUCUCCGCGUCCAUCCCAGCCAAGCUUUGUUGGGAUGGACAUUGCCUUGAUGCUGGUGAGCUGACUGCUGUUAGAGCAUCUUGUUUGGUCACCAGACACUGAGUAGGGUUCCCAGGUGAUUCUUGGGAUACUCGGUGAAGUAUCCAGAUGGGGCAGGUCAGAAUUCAACAGCCUCUCAGAUAGGUUCUAAAAUGAAUGAAUAACUUCAUAGGCCUUUAAGUUUGGUAUGAUACUUCAGAACUCAUUGGUGCCAUUCUACUAGUUUCCCCAAGGUGAUUUCUUGGUUCGGUUUCCACUUCUUUGUUUGUGCUUCAAUGUAUGGUGUGCUGCCUGGGAAGGAGAAUUCAGAUGACAAAGUUAGCUCUGUUUCGGUUACCACAUAACUGUGGAUCUUCUUAGCUUGUAGUCCAUAUAGAGCACUUUGCUAGCCCUUCAAGGUCGUCUGUCCCCUUUCACUUCCUUGUGGUAUGUGCCUCCAGAACAGUCACUGGCAAAGUGAUUCCUGACAUUUGCAUGUUAUUGGCUUACAGUUCCUGAAUAUCCAUCUCAGGGACUUUGAAUGAUGAACUCAGAACCUAUCAAGUGGGAAGAGUUUCCAAGUGGAUGGGAAAUGGAUUCCGACUCCAGCUUCCCCGCAGGCUCAUCAAACAGGGAUGGCGGAUAAGAGCUUGAAUGAGGCCGGCCGUACCGCACUGUCCUACUUCGAUGUCGGAAAGAGGUCAGAGGCGGCAUCUCCGACUGCCACUUAAAGGCUGGAGUACUUGGAGAAAGUGGCAGAUUUGCUUAGCCGUUACCAGAGGCAGAUCUGCUAAUGCCUUGGGUGGGGGUUGGGGGGCUCUUGAUGGACUUGGUAGAGUUGAAUCUAGGAACUCUGUUUCGUUGUCCUCUCCCAAGUGCUUAGUACAGUGCUCUGCACAUAGUGGGCACCAUUGAUUGCUUUGGAAAGCCAACACAUGAAGAAGGGAGGUCUUUGCUAUUGCACCCCUCCAUUCUAUUCAUAUCAUUCAUGCUCUAGAAUUCACAUUGUGGCCUAAAUCCACGUUGUGAUUCUGGGAGGGUCUACAGGGCGCAGUGCGGCCUAGUGGAAAAAGUGAGGACCUUAGUUCUAAUCCCAGCCCCGCCGCUUGCAGUGUGCCCUUAGGCA